AUGAUCAUCCCGACGCUCUCUACACUUGCUGGCCUGUCCGUGCUGCUUGCGUUGCCGCCCGCAGCCCAGGGUGCACCAAUGCUGUCCAGGGACGCCAAGUGUCCAUCCUACUUGCUCAUCGAAGCACGUGGUACUGGCGAGCCACAAGGCCCCUCUCUCGGCUUCAAGACGAUGAACGCACGGAUCCUGGCCACUGUUCCCAACGGCACCGACUAUCCGGUCGUCUACCCUGCCGACCCGUUUAACCAGGUCGACGUCGGAGUGCGCGACAUUAUCCGUGAGAUCAACGCACGCCUCGCCGACGACCCGGACACCUGCUUUGUCCUGCAGGGCUACUCGCAGGGCGCCACGGUCAUCACCGAGACCAUGAACCAGCUCAGCGGCGCGCCCUUUGACGCCGUCAAGGCCGCCAUCCUCAUCGGCGACACGACGCACAAACCCAACCUGGACUGCAACGUCGACGGCGAGGGCGGCAACUCGACAAAGGCUGCCAUCGGCGUCCUCUCUGCCUUCUACAAGGGCGUCCCUGACAGCUGGGUGUCCAAGACCAAGGAUAUCUGCAUCUUUGGCGAUGGCGUCUGCGAUUCCUUGCACGGCAUCGGCACGACGGCCCAGCACUUUUUCUAUCCGUUCGACAGCUCGGUGCAGAACAUCGGUGCCACGUUUGCCAUCGAUGCUCUCCAGUAG